AAUAUAAUUAUUUAUUACUUGUAUUACCAUAGCACCUAAAAGAGAUCGACCAGGACCCCAUGUGCGAGGUGCUACACAAACACAAAACAAAAAGACGGUCCCUGCCCCCAAAGAGUCUGUAAGUUAAGUAAUACAUCAGCUGGCUUCUUCCCAAAUACAGAACAAAAAUACGUAUUGAACAUUUUUGCCUUUUAUACAUUAUUGUUGGCAAUUCUAUCAUUUCCAGCUAGUAACUGACCAAUACUAUUAUUAGGAUUAUUUUGUUCCUAAUAUACUAAAAAUCUUCUUAUUGUCUCCAUGUGUCCUUUUGUUUCCAUUACCAAUUUUCUACAAUUCCUAGCUUUUAAAUUACAUUAAUUGCUAUCAGCAUCCCUCUAUGUAUUUAUUUAUUUAUUUGAAUAGCUGCUUUCACUUCCCGCUAAGGCAGGUUGACUUUUUAACCAGUGUAUCCUUCUUUCUUUAUUGUGGGAGUGUGGGUUGGCUCUGCAUAUUUAAAGGGCCAGCCUCAGAAAGGCACGAUGGGAAGAAAAAUGUUCCUGUAAGAGAGUGACCCUGCUCUGGAAAGAGUUAGCAGAAAGUCACCAAGGAAGAUGUUCUAAGGAAGAGGCGCCUUUGGUGCUGUGCCUGUCAUCACUCUCUCCCAUGGAGCAUAGGGGGAUGACACUUCAGAAAUGAGAGGAGUUGUGGAGGGGACAGUCUCUCCUACAUGAUUUCUGAGGACUGUGGGACUGAUCCCACUGAAAUGUAACAAAGGGUAAACACCCAGAGCAGAAGCUGACCUGGGGGCUUUAGAGACCCCUGCAGCUUCUAAUAAACACUGGGGAAGGAAACCUCAGCAAGGUCAGGCUCAUAAUUCUCCUGUAAGGGCUUGCUGACCAGGCUCCAGCAGAGCCCACUGGUGAAGCACACAGCCAUCUCUGCACAGUUCACCUCAUCAGCCCCUGAAUCUGCAAAUUCUAAGAGAACAGCUGGACACAAGUUUUUCUAAGACUCUUAGGAGUGAAAGAUCAUGUGUCAUUGGAAAUGCAAUGUCUCCUAGACUUACAAUAAAAGCUUGCAGAGUUUGGAUUUACAUUUAUGCUCUGCACAGUUAUCUCCUUUUUUGUCUGAUUGUGAGUGGUUCCUCUCCCCCACAACUUCCCCAAAAAUAUUUAAAAGUUUAUAUUGCAGCCAUUAAUGUUUUGCAGUAUCUUUCUAGCUGCUGUAACUUAUUGUAGCCUGGCUUGCCUAGACACAUUGUACAACCAAAAAAUCCACACAGCAUAGGUGCUGGAACUAAGGGUACUGGGGGUGCUGCCAUCCUCCCUGGCUUGAUGUGGUUUCCAUUAUAUAGACGGUUUACAGUUUGGUUCAAUAGCUAUCAGCCAACCCCCACACUCCACACACACACUGUACAAAUUGUUCCAGCACCUGUGCCCCACAUAACUUGUUUUUUCUCUCUCUUUCUUCCUUUCUGGUGAAGCCCUGAGUUUGUACCAAUAAGGUCUGUAGGUUAUUGAUGUAUAGACUGAAAAUGCUAGGGCUGAAUUUAGUAUUUUGUUGGCAUGUUGUUUAUUGUAUUUGACAGACUGGGACGUAGAUUUCAUUAUAUUAGGUUUCCCACUAAUUCCUCUUGGUUGAAGUUCAGUCCGUGGAGAAGGCAAAUGGAACUGAAACACUUUUAACUGGCAGGCAAAGAUCUUCCCCUGCUUUGCUCGUUGACCUGUUUCACGAGACUCACACAACACUGCCGUUCAUGUAUUUUUUUCUUUUUUGUGCUGCAAAAUUUUGCCAGCGCAGCCCCGGCGGGGGUCCGUGCCCGGAUACGAGGGACCCGAGAUAACGAGUUCGCUUCGUUGGUCCCCGAGCCGGAAAGCGCCCGGACCGGAAAACGAAACAGCUUUGUGCAGCGCCGUACCCCAUCCUGCGCUCUGUCGCCGGGAACGGCGCCACCGCACCGAACCACGAGCGCUCCCUGCAGCGAGCAGUUUGUGCAGGCCGGACACGCAGCUAUUUUGUUUUUGCCACAUCAGUAGGGGGGUGGGAUCGGGCAGAUCACAGCACCCGGGCAUCUCGCUAAGUAGGCGAGUCACCCUGGGGGCGACCUGUGCCCGCGCAAAAAUUCUUCUCACAUUAGCAGUGAGGACCCGGGCGUCACCCCGGAUCGUUAUUUUCCUUACUCAUAAGUUUAAGGCAUGCCGAAAAAGCGGAGCGGCCGGCGGGGGGAGCCGAGCGGGAAGCUUUGCCAGUCAGGGUGAGCAAGGUGGCAGUUCCACCCCGGAUCCAGGUCAAGCCAGACCGCGGUCUUAGACCCUCCUGACGCUUCCACCCGUGUCUCUUUUCAGCGGGAGCGUUGUUUUCCGGGUAUAAAUCCGCCAUGGUAACCGGCCCCGUGCAUGCAAAUGAAGAGGCUUCGGCCGCACAGGAUCGUGGGAACCGCGGGCCUUUCCUUCUCUCCCUUUUUUGCGGCGCGCGCGCCCUGAAGGGGUCGCGCGACGCACCGCCGUUGCCGCGCGGAGCGGGGAGGGGAAGCGGAAGCAGUUUAGUCUCAUGUCCGGGCCUCGCUCGCUGCGUCUGGUCUCUGGGCCCCGCGACAAGAUGGCGGACCUGUCCCUGGACGAGCUCAUCCGGAAGCGUGGCGUGACUGUGAAGGGGAGACUGAACACCAGGCCAGUAUUUGGAGGCAUUCGAUCUCGAAUUGGGAUCCAGCAAACUCUUCUGAGUAGACCAACGCCAACCAUCAGCUUCCAACGGACAUUUGAUGCCCGGCAAAAGAUUGGCCUCACUGAUGCCCGACACAAACUGGGAGUUAAAGAUGCUCGGGAGAAACUGCUUCAGAAAGAUGCUCGGUUCAAAAUCAAAGGGAAAGUGCAGGAUGCCCGGGAAAUGCUGAAUUCCCGCAAGCAGCAGAGCGUGCCUGCAGAGAAGGUGACCAAAGUGAUAGAUGCCAGAGAGAAGAUCAGCUUGAAAAGGAGCGCUCCUGCUGCUGCAAUUGUAAGUCCAGCCGUGGGGACAGUGACCCCGGCCAUGAAGAUCACCAAAACAAUUCAGCAGAAGGCUGCAGCCCCAGGACACUCUCAUUCUGCAGGAAUGAGGAUCAAUGUAGUGAACAACCACACACAGAGACAGGGCCUGUAUGAUAUGGAAGAUGAUGAUGAAAGCAUAUCUCCCCUUCCUAGCAAACAGAUGAAAAUCACCACCACAAACAGCUUCCUGCACAACGCGGCUGGGCUGAGUGGCAAUAAGUUCUCUCUUUCCAAGACCGUCCCCCUCACCAAAGUGGUUCAGAAUGACUCCUAUACAGCCCCGCCAGCACCUCUCUCUCCCAUUCGGACAAAGGCCCUGACAAACGUGUCCCGGACCUUGGUGACCAAGGAGGAACCACCAAAAGAACCAGCACCUGUUGAGCCGGUGUUCAGCCCUUUGGAAGGUACAAAGAUGACUGUGAACAAUCUGCACCCCCGAGUCACAGAGGAAGACAUUGUUGAGCUGUUCUGUGUGUGUGGUGCUCUAAAGCGAGCCCGUCUUGUGCACCCUGGAGUGGCUGAGGUGGUCUUUGUGAAGAAGGAAGAUGCCAUCACAGCAUAUAAGAAAUACAACAACAGAUGCUUAGAUGGGCAGCCAAUGAAGUGCAACCUUCACAUGAACGGGAAUGUCAUCACAUCAGAUCAGCCAAUCUUGCUUCGAUUAAGCGACACCCCCUCUGUGAAAAAGGAAGUAGAACCACGGCGGUCGAGUGCAGGUGCCUCCUCAAAUCCGCCAGCUGAGGUGGACCCUGACACCAUUUUGAAGGCGCUCUUCAAAUCCUCGGCGGCCUCUGUGUCUGUGCAGCCCACAGAAUUCAAAAUCAAACUCUGAGAAGAGUGGUGGCGAGCAGUGGACUGGAAAACUUGCUGAAGGCGUAAAAUGGGGAGAAUCGCGUGGGAGCGCAGGUGUUACUGUGUUUGCCCACCUUGUGCUUUUUUGUUUUCUAUGAUCGCUGCCUUCCUGUACAGUAGUGUUCCCUCUCGUGUGUGUAUUUUCUGUUUUCAUAGUUGGAGUUUUCUUCCACAUUUUUCCAAGAGAAUAACCUCCCCCUUCUGCCAGUGAGAUAUAUUACCAAGCAUAGACCCAUGUAACUCCCUCAUUUGCUCCACACCCCCUUGUGGCCAGCUAUUAAAAGUGCAACAAGAGAUUUUGAGGGAAGGGGAAUGAUAAACAGCACCUCUUGUCCUCAAGCUAACAACCUCUGACUGAACGGUGAAGCCCCUCUGUUAUUGUCGCUUGAUACGAGAUUUAAUUUUUAAAGCUGCUGCAUUUGGGGUGGAGCCAGGUGUGAUGCUCGGAAGCAAGUGGCGUUUUGACAGUUUUAUCUCAUGUGCACCUGGUAGGAUACAACUUCUGCCUGGCUGUUAGAUGCUUUGCUGAUCAGCAGCUGUGACACUUGGAAGCACUGAGAAGAAUCUGAGUCCCCUGCUUAUCAGCCGAUGGAAGAGUUUCGGCUGGGGGGAGGAUAUAUGCACAGGUGCAGACAUACAGCAUCUUAUCUGCUGUCACAGUUAAGCCUCUGCUAUUGUCCUGGUGAAGUUCAGUUUUCAGUAAUGCAGAGAGGGGGAGAAAAUAGCUCAGGCUUCUGUGUAAUGUGAAUAUAUCAGCUCCUUAGGGUACCCCAAGGUGAUCUGCCCUUUCUUCCCUCUUUCUGGACUGACUUCAUAUGAGAGCAGGGACUUUGACCAGAAACACAAGAAAUCAAGUGUUUCCCUUCCCCUUAGGUUGAAUCAUAUCAUGUUCUCCCAACCCCUGCUGUCAAUAUAGGGACAUGAGUUUUUUAUUGCGUGAGGUGGGGACUGGGAAGUUCCUCUAUCAUCCCCAUUCCAAUUUUAUGGAGAGGAGUGGGCUGGGGAGUAAGUUAUGUACUCAUAUGUAGGAAGUAAUCCUCUUGUCCACCUGCUCUCAAGGAGUAUCAAUUAUAAAAGGGCUCCAUGUGAGCUAUGCUUGGCUGCUUUGCAGAACAGCUGCUCGUGUACAUGGGCUGGAAGGAUGGUGGAGGCACUUCAUGGCCUCAGAGGGAUGGCUGUUGGGAAACCAGUGUAAGGGAUACAGCAGAGAGGGGAGCAUGGAAACCAAGCAAGCCCCAGGUCGAGCCACAAGAAUGUACCUUCCAAGCAGGGACUGUUUGUCUGUGAUGAGCCAUUGGCCACUAGGUGGCACUUGCCGUGUUCCCUUUGUUAGCAUAGCAUUAACCCAGUGAAAACUGGGAAGUCCAGGUAGCUCUAAUUGUAUUAGUUUCAAUUGUAUUAUGAGAAAAGAGGGAAGUGAAAACCACCCCAAAAUCUGGCUGAAGUUUGAACUUAAUCCUUCCAGCUAUGAAACUAACCAAUUCUGUUCAGCCCUGCCGACAUUCCUUAGUGAACUCUGUCCAGUACCAUUGUAGAUUGAGACUCCAUUUCUUGGUGGACCCUGUGUUUCUUUUGCACUCUUGUUUUGUGCAAACUCUUUGUUCUGUCUGGCGGGUACAAACCAUUCCUCUAUCAUGCCAUAUUGCUCGUAGCCAUGGAAAGAACUGAGGACUCAACAGAACUUGCUUUUCUGUAGUAAUUGUAUCUGAAGAAUAACUGCAGUUAUCAGGGAUUCUUCUUGUGAACUGCAGGUGUGUGGGGGAAGGGUUUAAGACUGCAAUUGUUCCUCUUUUAGAUCACCCAUCAGACAUCUGUGUUUUAAUAAAAGGGGGUGGGAGAAGGGAGUGUUAGGGAUUGGAGAAGACUAUGUAUUAUCUGUUUCAGAAUAAAUGUUUGUUAUACAGAGAUUGGAUUCUAAACUUCUUAAGACACUGGGAAGUUGACAGAGACCAGGUCAGUUGAACUUUGAAUCAAGCCUGCUGCUUCAGUGGUAGAAAGAACUUGGGAAGUCUCAAAUUAGUAGUGUUGGUUCAGUGAUGAAUGCCAUAUAUAGUUAAGCACAAGGUGGGGCUCAGCUGAGGCAAUUGGUACUAAUAUGACAAAGCCUUACAGCUUUGGUGCUGAAGUUCAGCCCAGCUCACUAUGUCAUCAGAAUUAUUACCAGCUGAUAGCUGGCUGCUGUCCUAUGAUGUGAAAUGAGAUCGAUAGUCUUGGUGUAGUUUUUAGUAGAUAGGUAUCACACUACCAAAAUGACAGGUUUCAGAGUAGCAGCCGUGUUAGUCUGUAUCUGUAAAAAGAAAAGGAGUACUUGUGGCAUGUUAGAGACUAACAAAUUUAUUAGAGCAUAAGCUUUCGUGAGCUACAGCUCACUUCAUCGGAUGCAUACAGUGGAAAAUAUAGUGGGGAGAUUUUAUAUACACAGAGAACAUGAAACAAUGUAACAGACUGUAACAAGAGUGAUCAAGAAAGGUGAGCUAUUACCAGCGGAGGGGGCAAUGGGCUUUGUUGCAAGGAUAGGUGUAGUAGGUAACUUCUGGGUACUCUUCUGGGUCUGUCAGUCUGUUUCUUCACUUCAGCAGGUGGGUAUUGUAGGUGUAAGAACGCUUGAUAGAGAUCUUGUAGGUGUUUGUCUCUGUCUGAGCGGUUGGAGCUUUCAUCCAGACCACACCACACGAUCCAUUGUCUACAGCCAAGCUCUACGAUACAACCGCAUUUGCUCCAACCCCUCAGACAAACACCUGCAAGAUCUCUAUCAAGCAUUCUUACAACUACAGUACCCACCUGCUGAAGUGAAGAAACAGAUUGACAGCGCCAGAAGAGUACCCAGAAGUCACCUACUACAGGACAGGCCCAACAAAGAAAAUAACAGAACGCCACUAGCCAUCACCUUCAGCCCUGAACUAAAACCUCUCCAACACAUCAUCAAGGACCUACAACCUAUCCUGAAGGAUGACCCAUCACUCUCAUAGAUCUUGGGAGACAGGCCAGUCCUUGCUUACAGACAGCCCCCCAACCUGAAGCAAAUACCAGCAACCACACACCACACAACAAAAACACUAACCCAGGAACCUAUCCUUGCAACAAAGCCCGUUGCUAACUGUGUCCACAUAUCUAUUCAGGGGACACAAUCAUAGGGCCUAAUCACAUCAGCCACACUAUCAGAGGCUCGUUCACCUGCGCAUCUACCAAUGUGAUAUAUGCCAUCAUGUGCCAGCAAUGCCCCUCUGCCAUGUACAUUGGCCAAACUGGACAGUCUCUACGUAAAAGAAUAAAUGGACACAAAUCAGAGGUCAAGAAUUAUAACAUUCAAAAACCAGUCGGAGAACACUUCAAUCUCUCUGGUCACUCGAUUGCAGACCUAAAAGUGGCAAUUCUUCAACAAAAAACUUCAAAAACAGACUCCAAGGAGAGCCUGCUGAAUUGGAAUUAAUUUGCAAACUGGAUACAAUUAACUUAGGCUUGAAUAAAGACUGGGAGUGGAUGGGUCAUUACACAAAGUAAAACUAUUUCCCCUUGUUUAUUUCCCCACCUACUGUUCUUGUAAAGUGCUGGAAAUGGCCCACCUUGAUUAUCACUACAAAAGGUUCUCUUCCCUUCCCCCCCCCCCCCCCCCCCCCCCCCGCUGGUAAUAGCUCACCUUUCUUGAUCACUCUUGUUACAGUCUGUAUGGUAACACUCAUUGUUUCAUGUUCUCUGUGUAUAUAAAAUCUCCCCACUAUAUUUUCCACUGUAUGCAUCCGAUGAAGUGAGCUGUAGCUCACGAAAGCUUAUGCUCUAAUAAAUUUGUUAGUCUCUAAGGUGCCAUAAGUACUCCUUUUCUUACUACCAAAAUGGACAUGGUCAGUCCACAUUAUUGGCAGCUUAGAGGCAAAUGAAUGAAUGGAGCUUUGAGAUUGAACAACCCUCAGGGUUGAAAUAUACUAGUGAGACGAUGUGGAGAAGCUUGUGUUGCUGCUGUCUCCUCCGUAUCUGUUGUGAGAGAGGCCUUCAGUUUACAGGUCUUUUAGGCAUCUCUCAAGAGCUCUAAGCUCACAACAAACAUUUAAUUAAAAGAGUAGAUCCUAACUAUGCACUGUCAGACCCUUUUGGCAAUUCUCACUUCAUGAAGGUCUACAACAGUUGUAACAGUGGAGGGGAAAAUAUGUUCCAGUGUUCAUUUACACGGUAAUCUUUUUGGAGCAGGGACAGCACCGAGCCCAAUGGGCGCAGAACCUGAGUAAGGUCUUUCAGUGCUACUGCAAUAUAAAUAAGGCUACAAGAGUUUUUGGGAACCUUAAACAGUAGCAGAACUCUCCUGCCUGGCUCGGUAAACUUUUGUCUGUCCUUUUCUCCCAGUAAUAAUAUUUUUUUCAGGACAGAUGAAAUGUCUGUAAGGCCACUGACCUUCCAAGUGGUGGAGUUUGUGUGUUUGAUGAUAACCACAAGAAUUCCUGUGCUGCAUCCUUACUUUGAAACAUCCAUAUGCUCUGUGGUGGUAUAUUUACCCAGCCCAUCAUGACCUCUUUAGGACAGGAGACUUGAGUUGUCUGCAUUGCCACUGCAUUGCAAAGCCUCUUUACGUGGAUGCUUACCUUCCUUUUCCCAUUUGACAAAAAACAUUGUGGUCUUUAGCCUGGCUAAGGCUAUCAGGACUGUGUGGAGCAACAAGCCCUAGAAUGUUUUCCACUUCGCAAGCAUGUAAACAGAACCUACAUGGUGAGAGGCUUUAAAGGUCUAUCUUCCUGAUAAAAAUGCAGCCUCAUGGCUCCAAGAGGGUUUGUCAUGACCGUGAGUACUGCUUUAUGGACACAAACCUGCAGUAACACUAAUCCUUUUAGAGGACUGUUGCCCUAUUGAUCUAGUUAGUUCCAAAGGCAGCAAGGCAUGGUAUGUUCUGGUCUGUCUCUGUCUAAAAAUGUUCCCCAUAGUGAAUUAUUAUACAGUUAACCAGGAGCUUUCUGGUUUUAUACACUAAGCCUCAGCCAUAACUGGAGAAAGGUUACAGGACUAGGUGGAUCACUAAUCUCCAUAUUUUUGGCAUAGGAAGUUCCUUUACUGUUAUGCUGUGAAUGUAGACACAUGCUUUAAUAGUACUUGUUUAAGGAAGAGGUUUAUAUUAAGAAUGGUCAGAUUAUUGACAUUGUGAUCAUAGGUCAAACCUGGGAUAAUUUAACUGACAUGGAAAUUUAUUUAGAAGGCCCUGGCACACUUCUAUUUCCCUACAGCCCAGGAGGUCAAGGCUGACCAUUCAGAAUGUUGGGGUUAUACAUAUACUAUAAUGGAAAGCCUGGGUCAAAGGUGAGUUCUACUUACAGACCUUAUUUGUAGAACUCUAAUAUGAUUAGAAAGUUACCCCAAAAAAAAAAAAAAGCAUUUAUCAUGUGUUAGCUGUAAAGGCAUAGCAGUGGGGGAUCUUGACCUUGGUCAUUUCUCAGACUUUAAGUCUAAUGAAGGUCACCUUUCCCAUGAUGUCUACAAGGUGUUCAGUCAUUUAUCCGUAUCCAAUUUUUAUUCAUAAUUUAAAUAAACCACAUCUUGCCAUCCUUA